UUUUUCCUCCACUUCAAACUUCCCAACCUAUUCAUUUGCAAACGAAACUUGACGAAACAAACUCUCUGUAUUUUACCUCCUCUAGACUAGAUAAUGUCCAACUCGCCCUACUACGGCGCCAUCCUGGCCACCGGCAUGCUUGUCACAGGCACGGCCAACACGCUGCUGACAAAGCUCCAGGACAAGCAGUGUGUCCGCAACUGCGCCGACCCGGACCCCGCCAACCGCGAGUACUUUGAGCAGCCGGUGUGGCAGACGCUCAACAUGUUCUACGGCGAGAUGCUGUGCCUUGCGUGCUUCUACCUGUUCAACGUGUACCGCCGCCGUACCACCGCCACCGCCGGCUACGAGCGUAUCGAGGAUGAAGCAGCCUCCGACGACCCGAAGGCGGGCAGCGCAGGCGUCCAGACCAAGCCAAUCGCAGGCUGGGCGACGCUGUGGAUGUGGAUUCCUGCGGCCUGCGACCUCCUUGGCACCACGCUGAUGAACGUUGGUCUGUUCUUUACUACAGCCUCGGUGUACCAGAUGCUGCGCGGCGCGGUUGUCAUUUUCUCUGGCCUGUUCUCUGUCCUGUUCCUUGGCCACCGGCUGGCGCGCUUCCAGGUCAUCUCGCUCGCUCUGGUCGUCAUUGGCGUCACCAUCGUUGGGCUCAGCAACAUUAUUUCCCCGCCGCCGCAAGUGUACAAGCUGCACAUCCUGCCCUUGGAUGAUACCGAGUCCAUCGAUACAGGCGCCUGGAAGGCCGCACUUGGUGUUGUCCUGGUGCUUGGCGCGCAGGUGUUCACUGCCACGCAGUUUGUGGUCGAAGAGAAGAUCAUCCGCAACUACCAUCUGACGCCCCUGCGCGCGGUCGGGCUCGAGGGCUCGUUCGGCGCCCUGACCGUGAUGGUGGCGAUUCCUGUCCUGCAUGUGCUUAUUGGGCGGUCGCACCCAGGCGGCUAUUUUGAUGCCCCGGACGGCUUCCACCAGAUUGUUGAAAACCCAGCUGUGUGGCAGACGUCUAUUUACAUCAUGCUGUCGAUUGCGUUCUUCAAUUUCUUUGGUCUGUCGGUUACAAACUACCUGAGCGCGACGUCCCGCGCUACCAUCGACACGUGCCGCACGCUGUUCAUCUGGAUGAUCUCGCUGGCGCUGGGCUGGGAGUCGUUCAGCUGGAUCCAGGUCGUCGGCUUUGUCGUCCUGGUGUACGGAACCUUUGUCUACAACCGUGUGCUCACCCUUCCUUUCUAGCCUUUUCUACAAUUUCUAGCGCGUAAUGUCUAAUGUAAGAGUACCCCUGC